GGAAGCAAGGAAGGAAGGAGGCAGACGAGACCGAGAUUUGCUAUUUUAAUGCCCGCAGAGCGUGAUCGGAAGCGGUUGGGCCCGAUGCUAGUGACGCCUGGACUGAUAGGUGGGAGUUGAUUGCAGCGAAGGGACCAGAAUGAGCGAAGACUAGAAAUAUUGUCAUUCUGAUCUGCCUCUCGUAGUCCUGCGGGCUUUUGUACAUGUGUCAGGGUUUAUUCAGAGGUUUGGCUGAGCACGAGACGAGACGAGACGAGUCUCGAUCCAAACUGCUUCCGAAUUCCGAGUUUGCAGAUUGCGUCACAUUUUCUACGGUCGUCCACUGAGAGAGAGAGAUGAUCGGGAGGAAAUUUCGACCGAAGGAAUGUGCUGAGCGGGAGGCGGAAAAUUCUCAGAUUGCGUCGUAGUGGCACUGAGCUUAUGCGAGCCAGUGCGUUUGUCUCUGCCUGCCUGCCUGCCAUUCGUUUGCACUCAUUGUGCGAUCAAUUUCACCUGCAGCGCCUCUCGGCGAGGCGGUAUUCGGGCCUGUGAGAUGGAGACAUUGUAUGCUCUUCGCCCGGAUCUGUCUCGUUUGGUCUUGAGAACUGCCGCUGUUGAUGCGGAUUUCGCUGCUUGAUUCAUAGAGAGAGAUCCGAUGCCUGCGCAUUGACACCUUGCUUCACGGUUGCGCAACAUGAACUGUUUUCUCGCACCUUUGAAGCGCGCGCAAGAGUCAAGCCCACAAUGGCAGGUGGCGACCUCCAUGGCUAGAACGAACGCAGGACAGGAGCAGAAAUUCUGAGUGAAGCCGAAUUGAUUGAUUCCUUGCUGGGACGACGCUGAGCAAUUGUUGAGUGCGGUCGGUUUCUCAAGCAUCUGUGCCUGCUGGGUGGCAGGGCAGCCAAUUCGGUCGGUGGCCAUUAAAUUUGCAUUUAUACAUCUCACAUGUCAACAGAAAUCAUCCAUUGGGGCGGUGGUGUUCGGAUUGCGAAACAGUUUCCUUUACGUGCACAGGUGUGGAAAGAAAGUGGAGAGCAAAUCUGCAUCCCCACAUGAGUCCCUGCUCGGGAACUCGAUUCAUCAUCCGAUGCAUUUCCAUUUGCGUCGGGCCAAUUCCGAAGAGCGGCCGUCGUUCAUCCGGCAGGAACAGAGGUAGAGGUAGAUGCAGAGGAGGAGAGUAGCGUAGAGACUCUGCCUCUGCGGCAGAGUCGCGGACAGAUUUUUUUCGAGCUCGAGUGGAGAUCGGAGUUCGUGCGCGGUUGAGGAGGCAUAAUUCAGGUCGCCAAUGCGAGAAAUGAGUGAAGUGGGGAGCUCGGUUGGGGGCGGAGGGGAGCAGGCCGUGGACAGCAGCAGCAGCAGCAGCGAGGGCGAGGGCGAGUAUGCGACGGAGCUGCACUUUGCGGUGAAGGAGAACGACGUGACGACGAUUCGGAAGCUGAUCGAGAGGGGAGCGAAGGUGAAUUCGCCGGACAGAUUCGGGCGCUCGCCGCUGCACUGGGCCAUCGUGUAUGGGCAUCAGGAGGCGACGAAGGCGCUGAUCCUCAACACGAGCAAGAGAGCUCUGGACUCGACGGACAGCUGCGGCUGCACUGCGCUGCACUACGCGGCGCUGGGCGGGAGGACGGAGAUCGGGAGAAUUCUCAUCGAUCGCGGAGCUCAAGUGAACUGCGCGGACUCGAGGCAGCGCACGCCGCUGCAUUUCGCAGCUCAGCAUCCGCAGCCGACGAUGGUCGAGAUGCUGAUCAGUCGCGGUGCCGACAAGCGGUGCAGAGAUUUCCGCGAGUAUCUGCCGUGCGAUGUCGCGCUCGAGUGGGCCAGCUUCUCGUCUCUCGCGUGCUUGCGACCCGAUGCCCCGAAGAAGGAUCCCAAGCUCAAGGUGCAUCCUGUCGAGAUCGUCGACUGCCCUGAUGCUCGAGCUGCAGCGGUGGAUGUGGUGCAGCGCAAAGGCCCGUCUCUCGACAAGCUGCUGGAGUCGUGGAAGAGUGCGGAGACCGAAGCCAGGCGCAAGAAGGAAGCGGAAUCGCAAGUGGCUGCCAGAUCGUUUGCCGAUCUGCAGCAGAGGCUGCAAGAGUGGAGGGCGGCCGAGCUCGACGCCCGGCAGGCGCAUCGAGCCGACAGCAGCAGGCCGUCGUUCGUCGACGACUGGGGCAACGACGCAUUUUCGUCGUCGCCAUCGCCAGCGUCAUCGUCUGCUCUCCCGUCCUCGUCUUCGCACCCCGCUUCCUCUUCCUCGCCUUUCCACGACCAGACGACGGCCAUGUCCCAGGACUCUUGCAGCGACGAGUCGCCAUCGUACGCGUCGUCGUCGAGGAGCUCUGGUCAGGGCGAUGCGACCUCGCUUGCCGGCGUUCCGGAUUGGUUGAUGGCUGCAGAUUGUCGCAGCAGCAGCAGCAACAGCAACAGCAGCAGCAGCGGCAGGAAAGGGCUGAAGGAGGCGUUGUUGUGGUGCACGGAAUGGGAGGUGGAGCAUCCUCAUCCUCGUCGAGCUUCUCAGAGUGAGCAAUUGAGUCAUGAUGACGAUGCGCAGAAUCAGUCGCCCCCAAAAUCUCCCCGCGAGAGGAAAGGGAAAGCGAAAGCAUUUUCUGAGGAGGAGCCGGUGUGGGUGCAACAACUAGAAGAAGCUGAAAGGAACGUGUGUGCAUUCUCUACGUUCAUUACCUCGUGCAUUAUGAAGGAGAUGUUCGCCGAUGACGGAAUGGUUGCUGAUUUGCCACAAUUACAAUCGAAGACUGCGAGUAUAUCUGAUCUUGAAGGCUUGCAGAGAAAGUUCACCAAAUUGGCUGUAGAUUGUUGGUGACGAGUGUUGAGAGUAUUUCCUCUCGUUUUCGGUGGUUGACAACAGACGGCGUUCGCCGUUCAUGAUAAUCCCAUAUGUUCUGAUCACACAGUUGUAAGGAAUGAUUUACGCGAGAUAAAAUUAUGGAUGACAUAUCACUACU